GACGGCCUCCAGAAGAGAAACGUUCCACCCUCCUUUCCGGCAACCAGGGCGGAAAAAAUCCUCGCGGGAUUUCAGUUCGCUUCUCGCUGCGGGCCCUGUGGGCGGUGACGCGGGGGAAGGACGGCCGCUCGCUGCGGAGAUCUCGCCUCCGGAAGUAGCGUCUCAGGAAGGCCGGAAGUGGCGGCUGGCGCGCGACGAGCGUGUUCCCGGCCUCGUGGCGAAGUUUGGCGCGGAGCGAGCGGCGGGGCUGUAGGAGCUCUCCAAGCCCGUGGUAAUGGAGUAUCUGGCUCAUCCUGGCACACUCAGCUUGGCUGCUGGACUUGCUUGUGGCAUGUGCCUAGGCUGGGGCCUCCGGGUACGCCUUGGGGUGCUCCCCAAAAAUUCAAGACAGACAGACACAGAGACAGGAACUGAAGCGAGCGUCCUGGGAGAGGGUGGGGAGUACAAGAUGAUCCUUGUGGUUCGAAACGACUUAAAGAUGGGAAAAGGGAAAGUUGCCGCACAGUGCUCUCAUGCCGCGGUGUCCGCCUACAAGCAAAUUCAAAGGAGAAACCCUCACAUGCUCCAAAAGUGGGAGUGCUGUGGCCAGCCCAAGGUAGUGGUCAAAGCCCCCGAUGAGGAAACCCUGCUUGAAUUACUGACCCAUGCAAAGAUGUUGGGACUGACUGUAAGUUUAAUCCAAGAUGCUGGACGUACACAGAUUGAAGCAGGUUCUCGGACUGUCCUAGGAAUUGGGCCAGGACCAGCGGACCUCAUCGACAAAGUUACUGGUCACCUAAAACUUUACUAGAUUGGCUUUUGUGUGAUGAUGAUUCUAUCACGUGUUUGGAGCCUAUCAGAUUCUAAAAAUAAAAGCCAAAUUUCUUACUCCCAUUUAAGACAAGACACAUCUGUAUGUUUUUUCUAUGAUGUAUGGGGCAGUUGGUUAUACCUUGGCCUUUAAGAAAUGGUGGUUAAAUUGUAUUUGGUGACUCAAUAGGUGCUGAAACACGUACUGAAGAUGCGGGAAACAAAUCCAUGGAAUUGGUUUAAAGGAGAGAAAGCCUUUCCUGUGUUGUCAGUUAGGUCCCGUUGUGUCCUGAAACCACCAACUCAUGAGCACUGCAGUGUUCUCCUCUGCAGUAUUUGCAUGGCUAAGCACCUUUUUAAAACUAAAAGAUCACUGUAGCCACCCACAAUGGGACCUUGUGAUUUAUCUAACCAUAGUGGAUGUUUUUGUUUUUGUAACAUUGAUAAUGCCACCUGUGCAAUGGUUUCAUGUUCAUUUCCCCUGACCUAAUUGGACCAAAGAUUCUCAAAACUGGUUCUCAUUCACAGGCUA